ACGCCCACCCCGAGCGACUCCUACAGCGGGGACCCCCCGCUGCUGCCCUACCCCGGCGAGUACUAUGAGGCAGACCCCCGGGCGCUGGCGUACCAGACGGUGCCCGUGCCAGCCUCUCGGGAAUUCAGGGAGUACCCCGACAGGGGCUGCAUGACCUUUUCGGCACCCGGCGUCCCAGCCAAGUUUUUCUACGCAGAGGAGUCAGCGCGGUGCCCCAGCCCUGCCGUGCCCCUCCGCAGCUCUGGCUAUGCCAGUUACCCCUACCCCAGCCGCCACGCCGUGCCCCAGCCCUUCUACCCCGAGGAGCCGGCCAAGGCUGCUGUCCACACGAUGCCGCCCCGGACAUUGUACGUGGAGGAGGCGCGGAGUUACCCGGUGCAGGAGGCACCUGCCCGCACCUUCUAUGGGGAUGAGCCCCGCUACUACGCCCCGCGUGGGACCCCUGUCAAGACCCUCUAUGCCGAGGACGCUCGUACAUACCCGGCCCUGGGCUCCGCCGCCCGGCUGUUCUAUGCCGAGGACUACGGGAAGUACCGGGAGCGGGAGGUGAUGUCGCGGACGUGUCCCCCGCCCCGCAGCGCUCAGGCCCUGCACUUCGGGGACUGGUACUGCCCCGAGCGGGCCACGCUGCCCUACCAGAGCCUGCAAUUGUCACGCUUCACCCCGCAGCCGGCCGGGCGCGAGGCCAUGUUCUCCUCCUGGCACGCCAGCUACGGCAUGACUCCAGCACGGCUGGGCCGGGAGAGCCAGCACUACUCCAAAUCCUGGGAUAACAUCCUGGCGCCAGCGGCGCGCAGGGAGGAGGCCCUGCAGCGUGGGCGCAGCUACGAGAACCUGCUCACCCACGAACAGCACCGUGCCUUAUCCCCCGAGGAGCGCCGGCAACCUGUGGUGAUCAACCUGUCGAGCUCGCCCAAGCGCUACGCGGCCCUGUCCCUCUCGGAGAGCUCUAUCCUCGAGAGGGUGCACGCCGACGGCAGCCGCGGGCCCCCGGGCCACUCCUGGUACGUCACGCCGGAGAUCACCAUCACCGAC